AUGAGAUAUAUUCGUCCAUGUUCCCUGUUAAUAUCCGUGUAUUUGGUCGUCACAUUGCUUUGUGAUAUCUACAAUUGUCAAGACAUCUGUCAACAACCUGAAUUAGAGAAAUAUGAAGAAGUAAUUUUCGUCAACGCUUCAUACAAAUAUUCUCAUUAUUUCAAUUACUCACAACGAAUUCGUAUUAAACAGCCCAAUCCAGUUGUAUAUGCCACGUUUGAAACAUUUAAUACCACACAGAUUGUUCAGCCGAAAUUCCCGUUUAAAUAUUACGAAAAUAACGUCUCAACAUACUUGAUCCAAACAACUGGUUUAAUAGUAAUAGUUGGUAACCCACCCGGACUGAUAAAUCACAUUAUGCCAGGCACUUUUAUUCCUCAAUUUGAGAUGCUACAUAACAAUGAAUCCAUCGCUGUGAAUUUGUAUUUUCGGACACGUGUUGGCGAUACAUAUUCCUACGGAAAUCGAAGAUAG